AUGAUUCAAAGUCACAUCAAAAAAGUGAUCGUCGUGGGUGCAGGCCCUGUUGGCCUCCUCACAGCCCUGCUGUUGGGUCAGAAAGGGAUUCCUGUUGAUGUGUUGGAAGCGAAUGCAGGGGUCAAUAAUUCUCCCCGUGGUUUAGCGUACGGACCUGCUGCGGUGAGGGUUUUACACCGAGCUGGUAUACUGGAAAAGGUAAUCGAAAGUGGAUUCGUUGCCGGCAGCAUCUCUUGGAGAAAACCAGACGGAAAAUUCAUUAUUGGAUUUGAUCGGUUGGACACUUCCCUGGAAGGUCUGCCACACACCGUCAUCUUGCCUGUAGGCACGCUUUCAGCCCUGCUAGCUGAUGAAGUCCAGAAUUACCCGAGUAUCACUGUCCACUGGAACCAUCGAGUUACCGGAAUCGGCCAGGAUAAUGGUAAAGCCUGGGCCCAAGUUGAAGAGACCUUGCCAGGAACCGUCAAAACAAUGGUGGCGGAUUUUGUCAUCGGUUGUGAUGGAGGGACCAGUGCUGUCAGGAAGGCACUGUUUGGCGGCAGCUUCCCUGGAUAUACCUGGCCUAUGCAGCUAAUUGCUGUAAAUGCGUCUAUUGAUUUUGACAAACUGGGCUUCUCCGACGCCCAAUGGAUCGUCCACCCAGAACACUGGUUUGUCAUUGCCAGAAUUGACAGUUCACAACUAUGGCGUAUUGUUUACGGCGAGACUUCUGGUCUGUCGAUCGACGAGAUCCGGACUCGUCUGACAGAGAAAUUUCGCGAACAUCUCCCGAGCAACCCAGAACCCGAGGAGUACACAUUGCAAAGUGUCAUGCCGUACUCUGUCCACCAGCGAUGUGCCGAGAAGAUGAGGGUAGGAAGAGUAUUAUUGGCGGGAGAUGCUGCACAUCUUAACAAUCCUAUGCAAGUGGGUGGCCUAGGUCUCACAACAGGCGUCGCUGAUGUAGGCAGUCUGAUAGACUGUCUCUGCGGGAUCCACAACGGAGCAGCGUCCUUGAACAUCCUCGAGAAGUACAGCGAAAUACGUCGACAAAUUUUUCUAAAUAACACGGACGUUAUUUCCACGACGAAUUUCAAACGCAUCAUGCAAGACGCUGAAGAGAUCGCUGAGAGAGAUCCAUUCUUUCAGCUUCUGGCGCAGGCGAAAACCGAUCCUCACAUCGCUGCGUCUUUGGCCAAGCAUGACUUGAGUAUUGGCUUUGAUAUGAGUCAAUUCUAUGAUAUACCCUCUGAUGAUUGA